CUCAAUAAUAAGCCAGUUUUUGUUGUCGACGCAUCAAUAAUAUGAUUACCAUCAUUUUACUUUUAGGGAUAGUGAUCCUCAUCAUUUAUUCUUACCGAAACUAUGUGAAGCAAUUCGAAGAUAUCGACAAAUUACCUGGUCCAUCAACAUUAAAACUUAUAAAAGAUUUGUAUUUUACUCGUUCUUCACCAGGAAUCGUUAAUUAUUUUCAAUCAUUAAACGCAAUUUAUGGACCCGUAGUUAAAGUGUGGAUGAAACCAUUUAAACCAAUGAUUAUUACAAACGAUAUGGAGUAUUGUAAUAACAUUUAUAAAGCCAAUGAUCAUCAUAUUUCACCAACUCUUAUUGAAAUUACUUUUGCGGGUGAAGGAAUUGCCACCAAUAUCGAUUAUGAAAUUGGGAGAAAAGAUAAAAACAUUUUGGAAAAAGCUAUAACCAAAUCUUACAUUAACAGUAAAUUAAAUAUUUACGAUAAAAAAUAUGACGAGCUCAUCAAUGCGAUUAGAUCUAACCUGGGAAUGCCGGUUGAUGUAGAAAAAUAUUUGCAUAAUAUUCUUUUAGAGGUGAUAAUAGCAACAAUUCAACACAAAGGGAUAGAAAUAACUAAACAAGAAUUACAAAACUUUGUCAAGAGUAGAAAUGAUUUUUUCGAACUUUUAAUGGAAAAACUGAAUUCAAUUAGUUGUGUCGGUGUAUUACAUUUAUUCACAAAUAAUUAUAGGAAAAUUUGGAAAAAACAUAACGAAAUCGUUAGAUUUGUUGCUAAUUUAUUAAAAAAGUUUCAUAACUUAAAUAUAAAAGAACGAGAUUCAAAAAAUUUGGUGUAUGCUAUGAUAGACGGAGGAAUGCCUGAUUCAAGAAUAGUGGAUAAUAUAAAUACCAUAAUACAAGGAGGCCACGAUACUAGUGUUGUUCCUUUAAGUAUGGCUUUACGAGAAAUGGCAAAACGACCAGAAAUUCAAGAUAAAAUCUAUGAGGAAAUUAAAAAAGUCAUCGGUACAAACAUAAACGCAGAAAUUAAUAUCGACCAUUUAAAUAACAUGCCAUAUCUGCAUUCAACCGUUAAAGAAGCUGUUAGAAGAUUUUUCCCAAUACCUUUUCUAGAUAGAUUAAUAUUACGAGAUAUGGUUAUAAAUGAUACCAAGAUUCCUAAAGGAAUACGAGUAAUGUUCCAUUUACCGGGGAUUAUGACAUCAGAGAAAAAUUACGACAAUCCUCUUACUUUUAAACCCGAAAGAUUCCUGAAAGAGAACGUUACAGCUCAAGCUCAGAAAUCGUUUGUUGGGUUUGGUUAUGGUACGAAAUCAUGUCCUGGAAAGCUGAUCGCGUACGCCGCAAUGAAGUUGUUUCUUGUUAAAGUUAUUAGAGAAUUUGAAGUGUUACCAGCCGAACACGAUGUACAGUUAAUUUCAGGAUUAUUUUAUCAAAGUAUAACUGGAAUACCAUCAAUAUUUCGCAAAAGAAAUGUACAAGUAAUUUAAAUAUUUUUAAUUUUAAAUGUAAUGUAUUCUUUUAUAUUUGUAUUCAUCUUAAUUAUACGAAAACUUUUAUUUUUAUUUACAUUUUUCUUUGUCUAUCAGUUACAAAUUAGCUAGUAAAACAUUAAAGUUUCAUAUUAUUUAAUUUUUUUAGAGAAAUAUAUAUUUUAUUAUGUUA